GCCCUCAGCAGCCGCAGCUCCGCUCCCUGUCCCCCAGCACCCCUUCCCCACAGUCCUACCUCUCUUUCCUAGGCAGCUUUGGACCCCUCGGGCCAAGCCCCCAGCAAGGCUGCCCAUGGCCGUGCCCAUUUGGGCUGUGGUCAGUCCGGCCUCGCCCAGCGGGAGGCUUUGGGUGGCUCUGGUGCUGCUGGGCCCGCGGGGCCGGGGCUGAUCUCGCUCCCCGCCACAGCAGGCAGCCCCCAGCAGCAUAUGGCUCCGCCACGCCGACAUAUGUUCCAAGCACUACGAGAUGGCAUAUUGCAAUUGUAGCGGUGUUCUUCAUUUUUAUUUUUAGCUCAGUUAUACAAAUAAGAUGUUUUUCUCACUGUUCAGUGUUAUCAACAUUUGAAACUAUUUUUGUACAUUAUUAUCCUCUCUGAUUUCUAAUCCUAUGCAGCUUUGCAAGGACUAAUAGGGAACGUAUAGAGCCCAUGCAAGUUAAACCCUUAAUAAAGAACAAUUUGCAAGUACAAUUCUCUCAUUAUUUUUUUUAUCGAUACUUCUGCAUAUUCAGUGAAAUCUAAAGAUUAGAGUUUUAUGAAUAAUUCAGUGUUUAGGCUGAUGUCUGAUUCAUGCUCUUUAAAUCUGGGAGGUGGUUUUGGAGGGAAGAGGAAGAAGGAUUCAGUGUUUAUUUGCUGCCCGUGAGGCUGUGCUCCACAGGAGUGUGGUGAUGCCUGGCACUGUGGUUCUCCUGCCCGUGGAGGGCCAGCCCUGGCACAAGCCAGGCUGGCCCCAGGCCUGACCCCAAGCCUGCAGGCGGUCCCCACACUGUGACACCUGGCUGCUGCUGGUGGUGCUAGGGGCAACAAGGGUUUGGGAUCCUCCUGCCAGUUCAGCCAGAUGCCAGAGGCAUCACAGAGCUACCAGAGAGGUGAUGGAUGGAUCCAGGAUGAGGAAGUGCAGCCAAACCUUCUGUGGUGCCAGCCCCAGCAGCUCACUGUCCCCUUCCUGGAGAAUUCAGAAAUGGACUGGAAGCAAGGGAUGAACAGGCUGGUGCUGGUCUGGGGAGGAGGAGGGCAUGUGGGGCUCCAGGCAAGGGGUCUGUCUCACAGCUCCUUGCUCCAGACCUGGCUCCUACUGGCACCUCAGCCAGGAUCUGGCCCUUGGGCUCAAGAGGUGGCUGCAGACCUUGGCAGUGCUUUUCAGGUCCAUUGCUGUGGUCUGCUGAGAUGGCCAUGAGCCAGUCCUGCCAUCAUGUAAUCCUGCUUUACAGCUGCCUCACGUUUCCAACAGACAAUGCACACAAAACCCCUGUGACUCUGCGUGAAGUGGGCAGUCCCUGCUGUGGGGACAUUUGCAGUGGGGAUUGUUCUACACCAGAGUGGGUGGGGAAACAGUGGGGACUGUUUCUACACCAAGGAACCAUUGGUGUUUUACUCAGGUUCUCCUCACUGCACGGAGGGGUCAUGGAAGUGACGUGGCUGCCCGUGUCCAGGGCUGGGAAUCCUCUCCCCUGAACAUGGGAUUCAGCGGGUGGAUGCAAAUUGUUGUCCUGCUUGUGACACCUGGCGAUGCUGGGUGAGAGUUGCUCCUCCUGCCUCUGCUGGCUAACCAAGCAGCUUUCAUUUUCCUCCUUUCACCUGUGAAAUCUUCUCUCCCCACCAUUUUCAGAGUCCCAUUUCCUAGUGAGGCCACACUUGGUAAGGGAGACAGCACAUCCCACCUCCACACUGGCAAUGGGUCUGUGUGGGCUCCGUGCUCCGGGCUGGCUCCCUGUGCACCCCACAGCAAGUGUUGUCAGCAAGCUGCAAUCCCAGCACCCCAACAUUCACCUUGCAGCAGGUAGGCACCGUUUGUCUGCCUGCUCAGGGCACUUACCCUGCAAAGCCCCAUCUCUCAUCCUUCUCCCUCCAGCCCCUCCCAAAGCUUUGGCAAAGGCCAUUCAGCUUCCAGAUCCCGGCUUCCACCAGGGCUUCGACCACAGCAAUUAGCAGCUGACCACCAGCACCUGUAGCCAGGCUGUUCAUCAGAUAAAUUGGAGGGAGGUGAGCUGCCUGUGGUAGUAGGGUUUGUGCUGCUGUGGGUGGAGGAGCUUGUGACUGCCUGGGUUUGUGUACUGCCAUGGAGCCUCAGCUGGGUAAGGGGUCUGCAAGUGCUCUGGGGUCCCUCAGAGCUGGAGCUUGGCUCAUACUCUGGGUUAGGGUGGUUGUGCUCCCUAGGGGGCUGCAGGGAUGAGCAGGGCUGUGGCACCUUGGCUUCUGGGGGCUUUGAGGCUGCUGGGGGUGUGAAUGUCUCAGGACUGGGCUUCAGUCCCAAAUGGUCCCUGUUCCAGCAGCCAAGACUGUUGGCAUCUCCGUGCGCUGCCGGACCUCGCACCCUCCAACCCUGCAGAUGGUCAAGGAGGCACUGCGGGCCCACGACGAGAAGAAGGGUGCCUCUGUCGUUGCCAUCAAGCGUUUUAUCCUGGCCAAGUACCCCACUGUGGACCCGAUCCGCCUCAAGUACCUGCUGAAGCAGGCGCUGAGCAAGGGGCUGAGCUGCGGGGACCUGGUGCGGCCCCACAACUCCUCUGCUGUGGGGGCCACUGGCACCUUCAAGCUAGCACACAAGAAACCAGGGCACAAGCAGCAGCUGGGCCAGGCAGGUCCUGACAGAGGCCAGGCCCCAAAGCCAGGACAGAAAGGGAGCACCAAGGAUUCCCAGGCCCCCGUGGCAGGAGCACGACCACGAGGUAAAGGGCUGUGGGUGCUGUGGUGCCACCAAGCAGCAGCCCAAGGUGAAGCCCGUGAAGGUGCUCCCCUCUCUUCCCUCCAGGCCCAGCCACGAGCAGCAGAGAAGCCCAGGAGCAAUAGAGCAAAGGAUCCCCAAACUGCUGACCAGCCCCAGGCUCAUGGCCCCGGGCCUUCAGGGCUCCCCAAGGCUGCUGCCCACCGCCAGGCCCCCCGAAAAGGACGCUCAGGACCCAGCACAGCUCGGGAUGCUCAGAAUGCAGGGGAGAGCGACAGCUCCUCUAGUGCUGGGGCAGAGGCAAAGGCCCCCAGGGGAAAGGGCAAGGGGAAGGUGCCCAAGGGGGCACAGCAGGAGGGCCCCAAGGCACAGGGAGGUCAAAAUAAGGUGAAGAAACCCCGGGCGACUGCAGGAGCUGGGCAGGGGAAGGCCAGAGUGAAGAAGGCAGCCCCCAUGGCAGCAGACAGAAAGGCUCCUUAGGGAGCUUAGCCCUGCUUCAGUGGGUCCCAGGCCCUUGGGGUCUGUGCUGUUUUCAGUCCCCAGGCAAGGUUUUAACUCUGUGUUCACAUUAUCCUAAUAAAGCUUCUUUACUUGGCACAUGGAAUGGCAUGACUGUUGGGAGUCCCUGUCCCUGCAGUUCCAUCUCUCAGUGCCAAAAUCCCUCAACCUGCACAGCACGCUGGUGAGCUGAUGCUGCAGGCAGCUACCUUGCUGCCUGCCUUCCCAGAGAGGUUCUCUCUCUGUCCCCAUGUGUCCCCAGCUGUGGUGCCAAGGGCUGCUGGGCCUGGGGUCUGUGUGCAGGCUGACAGUGUGCCAGGUGAUGGGCAGAGACCUGAGAGCCGUGGGACACAGUAUGGUGACAUCCCCAGGAGCAGAGAAGCUCAGGCUUGGCCAAUGCUGUUGUGGAGCUGUGGUGUCCAGCCCCGUUGUCCUGGCUGCCCUUGUGCUAAUGCCUGGCUGAGCUGGGAUUACAGGAGCACCAGGCUGGCAGGUCUGGGUGCAUGCCACAGGCAGGUGUCUCCCAGCAGAGGUGAAGCAGCUUGUGUUUAACUACAGUAAGAGGAAGACAGAGGUGUCUUAGGGCUCAAAACUCAAGUUUGGGGUGUUGCUGUAGCCUCCAGUGCAGCUCAUGCUCUUAUUACAGUCUAUGGUACAGUUCCCACCUACGAACUUGUCUUGUGAGCUCCUGUGGUCAGUGUAUCACACUUCCAUUUAACAGCUUCAAUUGCCUGAAUUUCCCUUGCUCUGCCCAGAGCGGGGCCCUUCUGAAGGUCAUGCUGAUCAUGUAAAGGGUUACAGUCCUCCUGGGUGGGAGAAAAUAAGUGGAAGUAAAACUCUUUCUAAAGAGGAUUUUAUUAAUCUGCAACUGGCCUUGCCAUUGCCCUCCAAGGCUCCUGGCCUUGCUUUGGGGCUUAAGCAAGAGCUGAGCAAACUAGCUUCCCUUAAACUUCAGCCUUGGCUGCGUUGAUCUAUCUUUAAUGGAACUGGAACUCGUGUCCCCCCAGGGACAGGGUGGGGAAUGUGGCAGCAGUAACUGAGCAGAGUUCACGGGAUUCUCAGAUGGGGGUGGCUCACAGAGCACCACUCACCCGUGUGGCAAUGUCCCCAACAGCACCAGGCAGGGACUGUGUCCUCCCUCUCACCAGCCACCAGGUCUGAAAUGCAAAGCUCUCUUGCUUUGAGAGGUCAAAUAAUUUAAUGGCUGGAUUUAGCUUUGCGAAGAGUCAACUUGCUAGUGGAGGAAGAAAAUCCCUCGGUGUGUGGAAAGCAGAGCCUUUACUAGGGCAGGGGGAAGAUUUAGCAAUGCUGUGGUUAUUACGGGCCCUGGGCCACAGCUGGUGUUGGGGGGCUGAAGCUGCAGGCUCAAGUCUGAUGCAGGAGGCACCUGGCAGAGGUGAGCAGCAGCUGCUGCUCUGGGGUUACUGAUCUCCACGUGCCCAGCGCUGGGCAGAUCAGGGGCUGCUGUCCUCAUGCUGAUUGUCCCCUCCUGUGCCUGCUCCAGGAAGGGGCUGGGGCAAUGGCUCUGGGAGUGGUGUGUGUGAGACGUACAGACCUGUCCUCACUGGGCUGCUGACCCCACACAUGGUGUGUCUUGCAUGUGCAAAACUUGUCUGCACAGCUGUCAUCCACGCGUGCUUGGCAGGAACUGCACUCCACAGGUUCAGCACCUUGUUUUAUUACAAAGAUAGGCUUUGCCAGGAGUCUGCCACUUCCACUACACAGCAGGUAAGGGCACUACACCCACAACACGUGCCAAAGUUUAAAAACAUCUUACAAAGGGCUUGGAGAUUCAAGGCAACACUACAAACCCUCUGCUAAAGUUGUUUCAUUAAAUGGUUGCAGCAACUACUUUUUUUUUUUUUUUUUUUUUUUUGGCUUUGGAAAAUAAUUAAAUAAUAAAACAAUAGCCCCAAUACAUGGCCCAGCCACAGCACCUGGAGGCAAACUCUACUGACUCUUGGCUUACCUGUAUCCUUUCCCUGUAAUAAACAACAUGGGCUAUAGCUCCAUGGUCCUUUCCCUGCCUCCAAUCAAGCUCAACAUUCUCUGCUACCCUAGUCCUUCUCACCCUGGCCUUUCUUGUGCUGGGCCUGCCUACAUCUCUGGCAGCUAUUCACAGUUUCUAAAAGACAAAAACACCAAGAAAUUUUUGUGAAAUCAGUUUCAAAAUAAAAUGUAGCCCAGCUACAUUCUUAGAGUUUCUAUUCUGAAGCCACAUCCUCAGCAAAGACAUUGAGACCUCCACAGUGUAAGUACUUUUUUUGUAAUUCUCUUUAAAAAAAAAAAAACUCUGUUCUUCCCCUUUCCCUCCCUCCCCACUUUUUAACAUACUGGAUAAAGUCUACUGUUUGUUUUAAAAUAGAUAUCUAUGUACACAUACACAACUCUGAUGUUCUGGUUUCUGACAAUUGUGGCAUUACUGGAAAUGAUGGAAUGGAGACCACCUGUCCAUGGCAGUGAAUCACCCAGGUGUUUUAGUGGACAAAGUCAUCCAAUGCCAGAAUGCAUCCUAGCCAGCUGGAUGACUACCAGAGGCUCCCUUACACCCUCCUGCAGUGAGGUAGUAACUGUGUUUGUUUCCUGUGGUAGCUGGGGUGGUCAGUCUGUGGGCAGCAGCCUUUGCCCAUGCAGGGAUGCUGAUUUGAACACGUCCAGCCUGCACAGGGCCUGUGUGGCACUGGACACCAGAGUGGUCACAGCUCCCCAGGCUGCAGGAGGGACCACAGGCACCAAGCUGGGUUGGCAGGGUGGCACUGGGGUGUCUAGUCUCAGGCAAGCUCUCUUUAUCUGCCCCUGGGGCCCUCUCAGUGCCCCCAGCCUGAGCUGGGACAUGCUCUGCCUUGGUUUGCAGCUCUGGGUGCUGGAGAUGCUCUGCUGGCCUGUGUCACGGCCAGGCUGGGCAGUGCAGCAGCUGGGCCCAGUCCCUCUGCCCUUCAGGGCUGAAAGCAGGCCGGCCAUGCAGCCAAGCCCCACUGCCCUGGCUGCCCUCAGGUACCAGCCACAGGCUGGCCCAAAGCAAGCAGAACAGGCUGCUUCAGGAGACACCUCUGCAGGACUGGCCUCGUGUCUGGUGAUGGUCCCAGGGAGGGGCAGAGACAAUGCUCUCUGGUGUCUGCCCUGCGUGUGGCCUGAGGCCGCUGUCACAGGGCUGUCAGCAGGCCCCUGGCACGGGCACACAGGGUGUUACUGUGGCUGAGGGGCUGCAGUGCCAUGGACACGUGUGGGGCCAGUGUGGUGGGCAGCAGCUGUCACAGGGCUGUCAGCAGGCCCCUGGCAUGGGCACACAUGGUGUUACCAAGGCUGCAGUGCCAUGGACACAUGUGGGGCCAGUGUGGCGGGCAGCAGUGAGGGCCAGCUCCUUCCCCAGCCGCUGCCCACAGCUAGUGGGCUGUGCAGUGCUCACCUCCCUGCUGAGCUCCAGCCCCCAUGAGCCAGGAAAGGGGA